AUGCUGCCUCGAGCGGCGCUGCGAUCCACCAGACCCUCCUCCCUCCACAUAUCACAUCUGCGGAAUGGCGCAUCAAUAGCAGCUGCACCAUCGUUACGGCGCACAUACGCCAGCUCCAAUUCGAACUCGAAACCUCCGCGACCGCCUCCGCCACCGCAAUCAUCGAGACCUCCGAAGCCGCCUCCACCGAGAGCUUUCCAAGGCGCAUCAGGGCCAGCUCGGCAGACGUCACCAGGAACUGCUGUUCCAAAGGAUAAGACAUGGAAGCCCAAAGACGGCAUCAAGUUUGAUGGAGCUGCGGCUGCGCCUGUAGUUGCCGCCGGUCAAGCAACGGCUACUACGCGAGCUAGCUCCCCAGUGGAAGGCGCAAGACGCGACGACAGUGCUGUGAAGAGGGAAUCUCCGCUGGAGGGCGAUGCGCCGGCGCCUCGAGAACCGAUAGCACAGAAGACGGACAGCGAUGAGCCGGUACCUGGCACAGUCAGAGAUCAGGCGAGGGACAAGAUUGCGGAAUCGGAACAGCAAGAACAGCCUCCCGAAACUCCACAGCAGCCCACUGGACCUCUGCCCGAUCUCCGACAGGGCAUUCCUUCGACUUUCGAAUUCGAGUUUGGCCAAGGCAAGGAAGAGUUGAAGAAGGAAGGCACGACCGCCGAGGCCUCGCAGGAAGAGAAGCUUGAUUUGACUUCAGAGUCAGAGGGAGGCAAGCAACGGAGAGAGCGUGAGGAUCGAGAAUAUGACCGCUCUGCAUAUGAGACUUCGUUGGACAGACGGCGAGCACGCGUGGCAAAUUACAUGUACGCCAGCAUCCUCGUAGCUGCUGCAGGAGCCGCUGCAUACUUCGCCCGCCCACUGGAAAGUGACGAGGAGGUUCCCAAGGGUACCGAUCCCGAAAUCGCCACUGGAUGGUCUCCCACGAAAAUGUACGCUCGCGUGCGUGCUCGUAUGGGCAGCCAAGUUGGUUACUACACCGAACCUUCUUUCCCCAAGCUACUCCCAGACGUCCCGGAGAGCCAGCGACCGCCUUUCACACUUGUCCUGAGCUUGGAAGACUUGAUGAUCCACACGACCUGGGACACAAAGCACGGCUACCGUACUGCGAAGCGCCCCGGCAUUGACUACUUCAUCCGAUACCUCUCCCAGUACUAUGAGCUCGUACUCUUCACCUCGGUCCCACGAGCCAUGGCCGACCCUGUGGCUGCCAAGCUCGACCCAUACCACUUCAUCCAGUGGCCACUCGGACGGGAAGCAACCAAAUACGAGCAGGGCGAGUAUGUCAAAGAUCUCUCAUACCUGAACAGAGACCUCAAAAAGACCCUCAUCGUCGAUACCCAUGCGCCGCAUGUCAAGAACCAGCCAGAGAACGCGAUUAUCAUCCCUAAGUGGAGUGGUGACCCCAAAGAUCCGCAUACCAAGGAUUUGGUGUCUCUGAUUCCGUUCCUGGAAUACGUCGCCACCAUGGGUAUUGAUGACGUCCGCACUGUCCUCAAAUCCUUCGAAGGCAAAUCCAUCCCUGAAGAGUUUGCCCGAAGAGAAGCCGAGGCACGGAAGAAGUUCAACGAGCAGCUUGCUGAAGAGAGGAAACGGAAGCCAAAGUUCUCUCUGGGAAGCAUCGCGGGCUCACUCGGUGUCAAAGGCGGUGGCUCGAUGGGUGGCGGUAUGGUCCUCGCGGAUGGCCAAAGCGUCUCGGAAGGGCUCGCGCAAGGCAAGAUGCUUUCAGAUCAGAUUCGCGAACAGGGACAGAAGCAGUACGAGCACCUUGAAAAGCAAAUCCGUGAGCAUGGUGAGCAGUGGCUGAAGGAAGAAGCAGAGGAACAGAAGAAGUUGAUGGAUGCGCAAAUGAAGGAUAUGAAGAAAGGUGCCAUGUCGUGGUUCGGUGGUAGCGACAAGUAG